UGUCCGAUUUCAGCGAGAAGAGAGUCUUGGUACGCCUCUCUCUGUAUAUAUAAAGGUCAUCACUUUCCUCCUCACGUUUCUUCCUUUGGCAUAGACGAAAGUCUGAAACUCUUCUCUCUUGACCUCUUUCUCUCUCGAUACCCUAAAUCAAAAUCGCCUCUUUAAUGGAUAAAUCGCCUCUCCGAUCUCAUUCUUCCAAACUUUUAUUGCUCUUCUUUUGUAGUUUUCGUGCUUCGAUUCCUUCUUCAGUUGUUUCCCAUCGUCGUAAUCCUUCUACUUUUCAGUUUCUCUUAUAAUUCCCUUUGAAUAUCGUUUUUUUUUUCCCAAUUUCCGCAAAUUAUUGAAUCAGCCGCCGAUAAGACAAAAUCAUGGGGAGGAAAUCUCAGCGUAAGAACGCGACAAUGUUUGAUAGUGAUGAUGAUACAAGUAGUGUAAGCUCUUCCUCCACCAUGCCAUCUGAGAGAGUGUUGAAUCCUGGCAUGGAUGAUGUUACGGUUCACAAAGAUGCUUUGUUGGAUCAAUCCCUUGAUGCUCUCUAUGAGAAAAGGAGUUCAACUAGAGAGCAAGCUUUGGCCUCCAUUGUUGAUGCAUUUAACAGCGACUUGCAGUAUGAGUUUGUGGAAAAGAAGUUUGCUACUUUAUUGCACCAGUGUUUACACUGCACUAAGAAAGGGUCUACUAAGGAGACCGCUUUAGCAUCUCAUGUUAUUGGGUUGCUAGCAUUGACUGUUGGACUCGGCGAACAAGCACAAGAGAUUUUGGAAGAAUCUGUCACUCCUCUUUCUCAAGCCCUUAAAUCUGGUCGUGAAAUCUUGAGAAUAACUUCGAUUCUUGAGUGUUUAGCAGUCAUAACCUUUGUUGGCGGGAAUGAUCCAGAGCAAACCGAGAGAUCUAUGCAAAUAAUCUGGCAAAUGAUCCACCCCAAACUAGGGUCUAAUGUUGUGGCAACUAAACCUUCACCUGCUGUAAUAAGUGCUGUUGUCUCUUCCUGGGCGUUUCUGCUCACAACAGUUGAUCGGUGGACGCUAGGUCCUAAAAUUUUUCAAGAGACCGUAACUUAUCUCUCUACACUGUUGGAAAAAGAUGACCGAUCUGUACGUAUAGCUGCUGGUGAAGCGCUUGCAGUGAUAUAUGAGUUGGGAACUCUAGAGAAGUUUGCUGCCGAAGUCAAAGGGUCUGCUAAUGGAUCAGUGAAAGAAGGAAGUGUGUCCCAGGAGGCAUUGAUGCACAUGCAUGGCUUGAAAGCUAAAGUCACUAAACAAGUUAGAGAGCUCUCUGCGGAGGCAGGUGGUAAAGGUUCUGCUAAGAAAGAUCUCAACACCCAACGGAAUUUGUUCAAAGAUCUUGUUGAAUUUCUUGAGGAUGGGUACGCUCCUGAAACCUCAACAAAAGUUGGAGGGGACUAUUUACAGACGUCAACGUGGUAUCAGAUGAUACAGUUAAAUUAUUUGAAGCAUUUCCUUGGGGGCGGCUUUAUUAAGCAUAUGCAGGAGAAUGAAUUCCUUCAUGAUGUAUUUAGUUUCACUCCAAAGAAGAUUGGUGGAGGAAAGUUGUCUAAUGACGAAAAGAGGUUGUUUAAAUCACCAAACUCAGCUCUCAACAAAGCAAGAACGCAGUUCCUGGCCAAGCAGAGGAUGCUAGCUAAGAAUAUGAACGUUGGGCAUUACGCAGCGACAGCAAUGAUGGAGGAAGAAUGAUC